ACACCAGCAAAACCAUGGCGGUAGGGGAGCUCUUUCUUUCUGCUUUCCUUCAGGUUCUGUUUGACAGAUUAGCCUCUCCUGACGUGCUGCGUUUUGCGAGUCAAGAGGGUGUGCGAUCAAAGCUGCAAAAAUGGGAAGAAAAACUGAAGAUGAUUCAGGCAGUUCUUAAUGACGCAGAGGAGAAGCAACUGACUGACCGGGCAGUGAAAAUUUGGCUGGACGAUCUUCGAGACUUGGCAUAUGAUGUAGAGGACAUGCUCGAUGAGUUUGCCACUGAAGCUUUGGGGCGUAAAUUGAAGGCAGAACAUCAUGAAUCUAGUAGUAGCAGCAAGGUACGGAACCUCAUAAUCCCUGCUUACGUUAAAAUUAUCCAGAGUCCAAGUGCUGUUAAGUUCGAUUUUACUAUGAGGUCAAAGAUAAAAGGUAUAACUAGCCGGUUGGAAGUAAUAUGUAAGCAAAGAGUUGAGCUUGGGUUGCAAGUAGUGUGUGGAGGGACAUCAAGUUUAGGAUGGCAAAGACCACCAAGUACAUGUUUGCCUCCUGAGCCUGUUGUUUAUGGGAGAGAAGAAGAUAAAAGGAAGAUACUUGAAAUGGUGUUAAGAGAUGAGCCACGUGAUGUCAACUAUUCUGUAAUACCCAUUGUUGGAAUGGGAGGAAUUGGUAAAACCACGCUUGCUCAACUCGUGUACAACGAUAGGGAGGUCGAACAAUUCAAGCCAAGAGCUUGGGUUUGUGUCUCUGAUGACUUCGAUGUUUUGAGAAUUACGAAGGCAAUUUUAGAAUCAACCACUUUAUCAUCAUGUGAUUUGAAGGAUUUAAAUCAAGUGCAGGUUCAAUUGAACGAGGAAUUAGUUGGAAAAAAAUUCUUGAUUGUGUUAGAUGAUGUUUGGAGUAAGAAUUAUAGCUUGUGGGACAUCUUAAAACGGCCCUUUUUGGCUGGAGCACCUGGAAGUAAGAUAAUUGUGACAACUCGCAGUGUAGAUGUUGCAUUAACAAUAGGGCCAGUUAAAUAUUAUCCCUUAGAGCUUCUAUCAAACGAUGAUUGUUGGUCUGUGUUCAUGAAACAUGCAUUCGAGGGUAGAAAUAUUGAAGCAUGUCAAAUUUCAGAAUUGAUUCGCGAGAAAGUUGUUGAAAAGUGUAAAGGUUUGCCCUUGGCAGCAAGAACUCUCGGUGGUCUUCUACGUUGUAAGCAUAGAGAUGAAGAGUGGGAAGACGUGUUAAACAGUAAAAUAUGGGACUUGUCAGAAGAUAGUGACAUUCUCCCUGUACUCAGAUUAAGUUACCAUCACCUCCCAUCACAUUUGAAAAGAUGUUUUGCGUAUUGUUCAAUCUUUCCUAAGGAUUAUCAGCUCGAGGAGAAAGAGGUUGUGCUCUUGUGGAUGGCAGAAGGUCUUGUUGAACAAUCAAUAGACAAUAAACAAAUGGAAGAUUUAGGUUGAGAGACAAGCUUUAGAUUAGAGGAUGAAUCAAGAA